GUCAGCUUUUAACCUUUUGGCUUAUUAGCUCCGUGCCCUCAAUUCUAUUUAUUUUUAUUUUUAUUAUUUUUAUUAUUUUUUUCACUCUUUAUUUUAUUUUGUUUUUCUCCAACCGCUGCUGUCCUUGGCCUAUGUUCCAGUUGUCACCAUGUCAACGUUUCCAAAGAUCAUUUGUCGAGUGAGAGCUUUAUAUCCUUAUUAUUCAGAGGAUCCAGCAUCGUUGAGUUUCGACAAGGGCGCUGUAAUCGACGUACUCACCCAACUUGACUCUGGGUGGUGGGAUGGAUGGUGUGAUGGCAAGCGAGGCUGGUUCCCAAGCAUCUAUGUCGAGAUCCUAAGCGUCAAUCCCGACAUGGCAGAUACCCUCAAAGACGUUCCUCAGCGUUCUGGCUCCCAGUCUGCAACCAACGACGAAAGAAACGACGACCCCAAAGUCCCCACGCCAGCUUCUAUUUCACCGAUUGACACUUCACGACUGGAUCCCGACUACUCUUCAUCUCUCACCGCACAACCACCUUUAACCGACACGCAGGCGCGUCAUUGUUCCUUAUCUCCACCAGCAGCAGGCCGACGGUCAUCGUCCCAGUGGGAUGUUCGAGAACCGAACCGACCUGACCUGGAGAUGAAUUUGGGAAGUGAUUCCAACUUACCUGAAGGCUGGACCAUCCAAAUGGCAAAAGAUGGAACGACGUAUUACUAUUAUAACCAGCUAACCGGUGGCUACCGUUUAAAACAUCCAGCGUUAUCCGAUUCUGAAACCGAAUAUGAUAGUGACGGGUCAGGUGUGAUGAUUCGCCAUUUACCGAAACGUGCGAGUGACGAUGAAGACGAGGACGACCAGUUUGAAGACGCACGCACGGAUGACUACCACGAACACCCCUCAGCCGAGAAACGACUCGACGUCGAUGCGUUGCCUGCUGCUGUGCAGUCCGACACUUCUCCUACCGUUAAUCCCGUGAUGAGUCAAUGGGUCAAACGAGUGACGCCUCAAGGCAAAUCGUACUAUUGCAAUCUCGUUACUCAGGAAACGACGUGGAGUUAUGAUGAUAUCGAUCAAAAUACCGGCACCCUGAAAACGAGCAAACAAGACGAUUCUGACACCGAAAAUGGAGACGCGCGUGUCUAUCCUUACUCGUUUUCACCGGCUCUUCGUUUAAACAACACAUCCGCCAAGAAGAUUCAGAGCUCUCUUCCCAUUGAUGCCCAAGUCAUACUGACCUGGCAGAAACUGUCGAGUGAUAUCGCUUGCGGUAUUCAUCAAUUGAACACCGCCGCUCAGUAUGGCGAUUGUGAAGAUUUCUCGGCGAUUGCCGCAGCUAUUGUGGAAUCCAUUCGGCUCAUGUUGUAUUCUUCUCGUUCCAUGGAUAAAGAAGCAAGUCACAUGCAAGACCGAGCGUUGCGCGAACCACAUCGAGCUGUCAUGGCCUCAUUGUCGAAGCUCGUGUUAUCGGUGAAAAUGGCAUCGGAAGGAGCCUCAGGAUCGUUGUCCGAUUUGUUGCACAAGGUGCAGCGCGACGCGGGCGAUGUGUUGGCGGCCGUUCGUGGUUUCGUCACCAUGUGUCAGGAAAGAGAUAUUCAAGUGGAGCAAGUGUGUCCAAAACUGCUGGAUGAUGCGCAACCCAUGGCGCCACUAGCGAUGGAACCUAUGCUUCGAGACGUAUCGGACACCACUGCCGCACGAAAAGACAGCGCGGGCGAGGAUACCAUCAGCAAACGGCGUCAUUCCGAGCAAUUGAUGAACAGCACCAUGCAAAAAGCAAAGUAUCCACUGAAUCAAGAUCUCCUUGUCAGUUUGCAGACGCACGCCAAUCAGAUUUACGGAUCAACAGAAGCUCUUUUGAAAGCGACUCAGUUCAUUUACAAACUGGAACAGGAGGACGAUAUGCCACCUACAGAAGAAGAUCAGGAAACCAACACUACAAGGAACAAACAGAAAGCGCGAUCUAAUGUUAUUUUGUUGUUCCGAAACUUGUCCAUGCAAGUCGGACAAUACUUGGGCAUCCUGGAAGACAUUGACUUGACAAACUUGGAUAGCACCCAGAUUCCGUCACUGUCGGAAUACCGAGUGCACAAACAGAACCUGUAUAAUGCGAUCGGCACAUUAUUUGGCACAGUACAAGUGCUCACGGACAUGAACGCGGAUACCGGGAAAACGGUUGCGGCAAUUGAGGAUGCUAUCUGGGCGGCUGAAGAUACCAUUGAAAGCAUCUUUUCGAGUGUCGAUCAAAUGGUUGGACAGCGUAAAAUUUGGAUGAUGCGACGCGGUACCCACGAUACCGAUGAUAGUAGACUGAGUGAUAAUACCCCUGGAUCGCCUAGCUAUAACCCAUACCAAGACAAUCCAUUCGGUGAUGGCGAAAGCGAUGCGGAUACCAUGCCUCACGCUCAGUCCACGUCAACAUCUGCCACCAUCAAAUCUGUCCCCUCCUUGGAUAAAGCUCGCAAACGUCAAUACAGCACACGGCCCACCGAUGGGACUGACACUUGGUAUAUCGGCCAUGAUUACGCAGAUGGCGAGAUCCUGUUUGGUAUGGAUGGCAAUGUCAAAGCUGGCACGUUGCCAGCUCUAAUCGAGCGAUUAACGAUGCACGAUACGCUUGACAUGAGUUUUAUUGCCAACUUCCUCUUGACAUAUCGAUCGUUCUGUACCACGGAAGAAUUUGUAACCCUUUUAGAACGACGCUACAACAUGCGAGCGCCUGAAGGACUUACUCCCGAAGAACUGGAGAUUUGGACAGAAAGAAAACAAAAGCUUGUUCGUCUAAGAGUGUUCAACGUGAUGAAGACGUGGCUGGAAAACUACUACAACGACGAAGAUGAAUUUAUUCUUUCUCGUCUUGAAUUUUUUACCAACACGGUGAUUCGGGAUGCUUCUCCGUUUUCUGCUGAUCAGUUGAAUCGAUUGAUUCGUAAGCGUAAGGAGCUUGAUGCAGACGGUGGAUUGAAAAAACUGGUCCCCAAUCCGAUCGAUGGUCCCAUUCCUAUCAUGCCAAAGAACAUGACCCGCAUUCGAUUGCUGGAAACCGACCCGAUUGAACUGGCGCGCCAGCUGAGUAUCAUGGAUUUCAAGUUAUACAGCAGUAUCCGGCCCAUUGAAUGCUUAAGCAAGGCUUGGUCCAGGGAGGAUGCCAAGGGCAAUGUGGCCACCAAUGUAAAACAAUCCAUCGACUACUGCAAUCGCCUUACGGCAUGGGUCACUGGCAGCAUUCUCGUCCACGAGGAAGCCAAGAAGCGUGUGGUGAUCAUCAAAUAUUGGGCCCAAGUUGCACACCGAUGUCGUCUUUUGAACAAUUACAAUACGUGCAUGGCCAUUAUUUCAGCAUUCGACAACAGUGCUGUAGGACGACUGAAGAAGACGUGGGAGCUGGUGGGCAGUCGUACCAAUCAGACACUGAGUCACAUUCGCAAAUUGAUGGGUGCCAAUCGCAACUUUACCGAAUAUCGUGAAAUGAUCCACUCUGUCAAUCCUCCGUGUAUCCCCUUUUUGGGUAUUUACCUCCAAGAUCUGACGUUUAUCGAAGACGGCAACCCCGAUUAUUUGAAAAAGUCUAGCAAUCUGAUCAAUUUUGCAAAGCAACGUAAAUCGGCCGAAGUCAUUCGUGAGAUUAAACAGUUCCAGUCGCCACCCUACACGUUCCAAGUCAUUCCGGAACUUCAAGAUUUCAUCAAAUCGCACCUGGAGAACAGCCAUGACGUCGAGACUUUGUAUGAACGCAGCUUGCAGUUGGAGCCCAGAGAAAUAGCUGCGGCUUAAAAAGGAAGAAAGAAGACGAACAACAUUGCAUAUCGUACCCAUAUUACAUUCAUAUAAUAUGAUGACCAUUACAGCGCCCUACAGAAACACAAUGUUUCAUUUCUUGACGCUUCUAUCUUUGCAAAACUAUUUUACAUGUAUCAAAUGGCGCGUGUCAAUAAGUGCUGGACUAUGUAUAUCUCGGCAGAUAAUAAUAAAAAAGUUAAAUAAGUGGAAUGGGCAGCCAUUCUUUG